AACCCAUCACACCCUAUAGGGCGUCGUGAGGUGUGGAGAUAUACCCGAUACGCUAUAGCCUCUCGGUUCCUGACCAGACUAACAACCUACAACCUUCAACAGGCUUCAACAGGGUUACUUUACUCCACACAAUCUAUUUACCUACCCUUCAUCUCCAGGUUCUCCACGUCCCCGCCAUGAUGGAUGGCGAGCUAAUAUCCUAUAUAAAUUCUCAUCGUCUCCCGUGUUGUCGGUCCUGGCUGGGCCCAGACGGCAUCUCCACUUCCCCCGGAUUGCUUAUAUCCAAUCUAACACUUGGUGCAUAUCACUUCCACUCAAGUUUAUUUCCAUUUCACCUUGAACCUUAUCCGUCCUUGCUUGCACCAACUUGAACAAACCACUUGGGAGGACUUGAGAGCCAAGAUGGCGCCGAGUAUACCCAUUUCCACACAAGGUGGCAUGUUUCAUACCUUCCAAGGAGUUACUCCUCGGAAACAAUCCACAGAUUCUACAGAGAGUACCAAGUCGAAUGGCAGCGGAACCGCUAAGCGAAUUACCACACCUCAUGCAUGCGCAGAAUGCAAGCGCAGGAAAAUUCGAUGUGACGGCCAACAGCCAUGCGGCCAAUGCCUCUCUAGCCGAGCACCCAAGCGGUGUUUUUAUGACAAGCACCGCCAAAGGGUAAUUCCAUCGAGGAAGACGCUCGAGGCGCUAUCACAGUCCCUAGAGGAAUGUCGGUCCAUUCUAAAGCGCCUAUUCCCAAACCAUGAAGUUCAGUCCCUCCUACCACUACCCCGUCAAGAGCUUCUCGGUCUUCUCGACCAGUCAUCAAUAGACGUCACCAAUGCGCUUCCGUCACCACCAUUACAUACAUCUCCCAUGCCUGGCGACAUUGGCUCACCUACUAUGUCCGGGUCUGAGCACAGCCUCUCUAGCUUAGAACAAGUACCGUCUCGAGACUUGGAAUGGGACGAGGAACGCCGAGGACGAGAUCCUAUUCCAGCGGAGGCUGACGAUGUCAAUGCCCUCUCCCUCUCAGUAGACCGCCACGCUUCCUAUCUUGGCGCCUCCUCCAUCAAGGCCGCACUAAUGGUGAUGAUAAAAGUGCAACCUGGUCUCCGAAACUCUCUCACGCCACCUCUCAACAGCGUAGAAAUGGCCCACAAUCUCCCCACCAUGCGACAAAAAGUUACUAACCCCAAAGAACCUCAACGGGUGCCCUGGUCCUGGAAAGGCCAAACACUGAUUGACGCUUAUUUCAAGCGGAUCCAUGUAUUUGUGCCUAUGCUGGACGAAGCCUCCUUCCGCGCCGACUACCUCGAGGGCCAACGAUUCGACGCCCCGUGGCUCGCGCUCCUCAACAUGGUUUUCGCCAUGGGUUGCAUCGCGGCGCUGAAAUCGGACGACUACAACCACCUAAACUACUACAGCCGGGCGAUGGAAUUCCUGCCCAUGGACUCGUUCGGCAGCAGCCACAUCGAGACCGUCCAGGCUCUCGGCUUAAUAGGCGGAUACUACCUGCAUUACAUAAACCGGCCGAACAUGGCCACCGCCGUCGUGGGCGCCGCGAUCAGGAUGGCCAGCGCCCUCGGCCUGCACCGCGAAAGCCUCGCCCACGGCCCCGCCGGCACGACCAAAGAAAUCGCCGCCGCCGAGACGCGGCGACGCACCUGGUGGAGCCUGUUCUGCCUCGACACCUGGGCGACGACGACGAUGGGGCGGCCCUCCUUCGGCCGCUGGGGCCCCGCCAUCAACAUCCGCCCGCCCGAGACCGGCGUCACCAGCACGCGGGACUCGGCGCAGCACGCGGGCAUCCUGCCGCUGGUCGAGAACAUCAAGUUCUGCAAGAUCGCGACGGCGAUCCAGGACAUGCUCGCCAUCUCGCCGCUGCUCCGCGCCGACGACCGGUGCAGCCUGGACGGCCAGCUCGUCAGCUGGUUCAGCAGCCUGCCGUGGCUCCUGCGCACGAGCGACCCCUGCGCGGAGCCGCUGUACAUCGCGCGCUGCAUCAUGAAGUGGCGGUACCAGAACCUGCGCAUGCUCCUGCACCGCCCCGUGCUGCUGAACCUGGCCAGCAGCGGCGCCUCGCACGCGGCCGAGCACGACAUCGCGGCCAUCGAGGCCUGCCGCGACCUGGCGAAGCAGACGAUCGAGGACAUCGCGCGCGAGUGGUCGCGCAACCAGAUGUCCGGCUGGAACGCCGUCUGGUUCCUCUACCAGGCCGCCAUGAUCCCCCUCGUCUCCAUCUUCUGGCAGUGGGACAGCCCCCGCGUCCCCGACUGGCAGAAGCAGAUCGAGACCAUACUCGACCUGCUCGAGGCCAUGGAGGACUGGUCGCUCGCGGCGAGGCGCUCGCGGGAGGUCGUGUGGCGCAUGUAUGAGGCGUCGAGGCAGCUGGAGCCGGCGCUGCUGAGGCAGCAGCAGCAGCAGCAGCAGAGCCCGAUGCAGAGGCUCCAGGUUGUCACGGACCCCGCGGGCGCGGCGGGGGUGCUGGGGCCCCUGGGCGAUGGCUCGGAGCUACAUAUGUCGCCGAUUGGCCUUGAGCCGGAGGGCUUUGGAGGCAUCAUGGGCAUGCUGGACCAGCAUGGCCUGUGGGAUCUCGACGGCAUGCUCUGGGGCGCGUCCGACGACAUGGACUGGGCGCAGGGGCACUUUGGUGUUGGCAGUGGUGCUGGCGCCGCCGGCAGCAACAUGCACGAUGGCUCGCCGGCCGGCGGGUGCGGCGCCCUGAUGGGUCAGCUUGGCGCGUACGGCAUUGAUAAUUCGGCGUUCUCGUUCGUGCACUGAGGGGGUGGUGCGAGCGAGCUAUGACGCUACGACUGCUACACUGCACUGGGUGUCUACAUACGUUGUUCCUCUAUUUCUUUUUAUUUAGGUGAUUGGUCAAUCGUGUCGUAGGGGGGUGUAUGUACGAGAGAAAUACCUA